GGUGUAAAACAAUGGUAUUGAACACAUCAUACGAAGCGUGUCGUCAAAUGGAGACCAAUUGUGACGAAAGACAGUCUGCAUCGGGAGGGGAGCGGACGGCAGAGGAUCGGCUGAUAUCGCGGUCGUCGACAAUAACGGAACAAAUGGAGUGUCAUUUGCCGGCGAUUCGUGCGAUACCUGCGGAACACAUAUACCAGAGAUGUGCCACUCGUUCGCGUAUAGCGUUGGCAUUGAUUUGUGCCGUUUUGCUCACAUUCGUUAUCACAGCCAUAACUGCCGCCAGAGCUAAGUCUGGUCUUAAAUUGGGAUCCAAUGGAUUAGACCAUACGCUUGAGGGCCAGCAAUGGAUGGCCGAACAGGCGCUGGGCUUAAGCCAGGAAUCAGUGGUCGUCGACACUAUUUGUGGAAAAUUAAUUGGAGACGAAGAACACGAAGCCUUUGUUUUCAAAGGCAUCCCUUACGCGGAGCCGCCAACGGGUGUCAGGAGAUGGUCGGCGCCGAUACCGCUCACCAAUAGCUCAUCCAAUUGUCAUCAAAGCAGUCAAAGACACGCCACGAAAUUCGGUUCGCCGUGCGUUCAAAUCAAUCCAUACAACAAACAGAUUGAGGGCAAAGAGGACUGUCUAUACCUCAACGUUUGGACACCAAAUAUCGAUCCAGAGGCCAACCAUGAGGUGAUGGUAUGGAUUCACGGAGGUUUCCUACAGUUUGGUUCGGGCCAUCAGCCGGGACUUCGGCCCAACGGAAAACUGGCCAAAACUAUGGACACGGUUUACGUGAGCCUUAAUUACCGGCUCUACGCGUUUGGAUUCAUGCCUUUGGAUGUAUUGAUAAAUAGCGGCAGUAAUGAUACCGACGAUCGUAACGACGAGAGUAUUAACAAUUCAACUAAUUAUGGUCUAAUGGAUGUGGUGUUAGCCCUCCAGUGGAUACAAAUCAAUAUAAAAUCGUUUGGAGGAAACCCGACAAAAGUGACACUAUUUGGCGCAGAUUCUGGCGCUGCACUCAUUUUGGCCAUCAUUUCAAACAAAGAUUUCAGACAUUUAUACAGCAAUUCAUGGCUUAUAGACGCGGCUCUAUAUCUAAACCACUCGUUUACCGACGCCUCUAAACAUAACCGAAAAAAUUUUCUCAAAUAUUCCGGAUGUGAAUCCAUAGAGUGUUUGAAAUCGCUUUCCAGUAAUCAAGUGAUUGAAUACUUUUUGGGCAAAAACGACCCAUCAUUUCGUAUUAACGAUCAAAACGAUUUGCCUAUUCUUGGGAUAAUGAGUGAACAGCUAAUUAUUAUCGAUGACAAAUACGUUCGGGAUUUCUAUCCAUUCAACGGAUCAGUAGUGGACAGUCCGGUGUUGAUUGGGUCGACGGCUCAGUCGAUCGAGUUCUGGCCCGGACCCAGAGAUCUGGACACUUGGCAGUGGAGAGACUAUACUAAAUACGUGACCACAAGUCUGGACUCGUUUAGCGCUCAGAUAUCGCGAAAGUCAUUACAACUGUACGCACCCGUAGACGACGGCAACGAGACUACGCCAGCCAUUCAGUACAUUAAUAUGGUGUCCGAUCUGAGACAGGUCUGCCCUAAUGACUAUUUAGCCCAGAGUUUGGCCCAACACUCAAACAAUUCAUCCGUUUAUCGAUAUAUAUUUAACGCUAGACUUUCAGAACCGGUGCGGGUCUACGGCUAUCCCUCGAGUUAUUCGUUUCAUUUAAUUGAUAUCAUAUCUUAUUUCGACGAAAUCGAGUCAUUCAUUAGGCGUCCGACAGAAGAGGACUUUUCCAUUCGCGACACAAUUCAACAAUUAGUUCAAUCGUUUGUAAAUAAUUCAAACAUUAAUCAAAACUUAUAUAAUAAUAGCGGAGAUAAGGCUAAAGGGAUGAUAAACGCCACUACUUUGUCGACGUCCACGACAUCGACAACAGCCACGACUACCACUACGACGACGACUACCACUACAACCACUACAACCCCUACCAAACACUUUACUUCAGACCCGCAAAGCAAACGCCAAUCGAUUGUAUCGUUAGGACAACCAUUUCCUCAACAGUUUAUUGAAAUCAAUUCAAAGACUAAUAAUAAGACAUCGGCUGUAAUGAGAGACUACAGCCAAAGUGAUCGCUGCUCUUUCUGGCAGACAAACCAACUCUUUGAUUACGUUUGGACCGUUUGAACACAUUUUAAUCACUACUUUAACUCAUAAAAUCUAUUUGUAAAUUAAAGCAUACUAUGUUUAAUUGCAUUGUUUCUCGUAUUUAUUUUGAUAAAAUAUUAUAAGUUUUAACAUGUUUUACAUAUUUCUUAUGUCAUUACUGACCACAAACCUACUAUUACUGAUACCAUAAGC